AUGAUCCCGCAGCCAGUAGAUCCUGCUCUCCUUCGAGAACAUGCUUUUCAAGAUAUUGGUGAUUUAAAUGUGGUUUUGGCCAAGGAAACAUAUACUGAGUUUGGUGGUUUCAAGUCGAUUUUCAGGUAUGGACUUGGUUACUUCAACUAUGGAUUUGGUCUGGAACGUCAGGUACACGAGCGUAGCAUUCUGAGCAUAUUGAGAUCGCACGUACUGGAAAACUACGUGGUGUACAGCUGUGUAGUGCUGGUUUUGGCAUUGCUAACAUAUAUCGCUCUCAUGCAGGUUCAAGGGAGCAUGGGCGCUAGCACUAAGGCUGAUAAAGACGGGGACAAUGUGUACUACGUCAAAGUAUAA